AUCUCUCCAUUUCCUGCUUGUUUUGUUGACGUUAGCUUGCUGUCCUGUCAGUUUUUCAUGGUAGAAAUAAAAAAAAACAAAAAAACCCUCCACCGCUGCUGGAAAAUAAACCAAACGAAAAAAACCAAGCUGGGACCAAAUGGAGUCGCGCGGUUCGGACACGGAAGAAGAGGAGCAGCAAACGCCGCUUCUUCAUCGGGGACAUAAAGGAAACGUCCAGAAGGCUCCGGCAUGCUGCUCAACCCGUUACCUUCUGGCCUUGCUGUCCUCCUACGGCUUCUUUGUUGUCUACUCCUUGCGGGUCAACCUGAGCGUGGCCAUGGUGGACAUGCUUAACGCCACCCACCAGCCCCACACCAACCACAGCGCCUCCGUGUGUGCCCCUCACGCCAACCCCGCACGGCCCGGACGCAACCACUCGGCCAGCGUGUACGACUGGAACGUUGAGACGCAAGGCUGGAUCCUGGGUUCGUUCUUCUACGGCUACAUCAUCACGCAAAUCCCUGGAGGUUACCUGGCCAGCCGCUUCGGCCCCAAGUGGCUACUGGGUUUCGGAAUCCUGGGAACCGUCGUGUUCACGCUGCUCACCCCUUUGGCGGCUGACCUGGGCGCCGGUUACCUCAUCGCUGUCAGGGUUCUGGAAGGGAUCGGGGAGGGCGUCACUUUCCCCGCCAUGUACGGCAUGUGGGCAGCGUGGGCGCCGCCCCUGGAGAGGAGCCGCCUUCUCAGCAUCUCCUACAUCGGAGCCCAAUUAGGCACGGUGGUGUCCCUCCCACUGUCUGGUGAAAUCUGCUUCUACUUGGACUGGACCUACGUCUUCUACGUCUUUGGUGCCGUGGGCCUUUUGUGGUUUGUGCUGUGGGCUCUUCUGGCCUUCGACAGUCCCAACAGUCACCCGUGGAUCUCUGAGCGAGAGAGACUCUACAUCGUGGGAUCGCUGAAGAACGAGCUGUCCCCCUCAGGAGGACACGUCCCCUGGCGAGCCAUCGUGACGUCGCGCCCGCUCUUGGCCAUCGUGGUGGCCCACUUCUCGUACAACUGGACCUUCUACACACUCCUCACGCUGCUGCCCACCUACAUGAGCGACGUCCUGGGCUUCAGCAUCCAGCAGAACGGAGUGUUGUCUGCUCUGCCUUACCUGGGCUGUGCCGUGUGCGCCAUUCUCAGCGGCCAGUUGGCAGACUACCUGCGGGAGAAGUGCUCCUACCCCACCGUCACCGUCAGGAAGACCUUCACCAUCAUCGGUAUGAUCGGACCGGGCAUCUUCCUGGUGGCGGCGGGCUACACGGGCUGCAACUACACGCUGGCCAUCGCCUUCCUCACCAUCUCCUCCUCGCUGGGCGGCGUGUCGUCGUCGGGCUUCAACAUCAACCACCUGGACAUCGCUCCCUCGUACUCGGGCAUCCUGCUGGGCAUCACCAACUCCUUCGCCACCAUCCCCGGCAUGGUGGGACCGCUCAUCGCCAGAAGCCUCACUGCAAACAACACCAUAGAAGAAUGGCAGAUGGUCUUCUUCAUCGCCGGCGCCAUCAACGUGUUUGGAGCCACCUUCUACACGCUCUUUGGACAAGGGCGAGUGCAGCCUUGGGCCCUGCAGGCGUCCCACAGCAAGUCAGUCUUGAACCAGUCUUGAGUCAGUCUACAUGGAAGCCGCUGCUGUUCAUGUCUGCAAUGUAGAAUGCUCCAGAAAAGCUUUUUCCUCACACGGAAAAGUACAAAAAUAAAUCAACUAUCACCAAAACAUCUGGAGUGUGGACAAAAAGUCAGGAUUAUACGGUAAAAAAAAUGGCAGCUCAGUUGCAGAAUUUUACCGUAAAACCUGUUUUUUUGUAAAUGCUGCUUUGGCUUCUUUAAAGUUGGGCUAACAGGGAAAAAUAGGAUUAUUUUCAGGGUAAAAUGAAAAAAGGCAAUAAAUACUGAGCAGAGUGAGUAAAAUAGGAAAAAACAUGUUUUUUUUUCUCCUUCCCACCUCAACUAUUUGAAAGUAAUUAUGGUAUUCGAGGAAUAGAAUUUGAUGAUUAUUUCAAAAGAGUGCAAAAUGAAAUGAUUUACUGUAUACGCACUAACAAAGAACUCAGCAGGCCUUCAUAACCAUCAUGUAAUUAAAUAUAUGCCACAAUGUUCUAUUACCUUUGAAAAUGGGUGGGGGGACAGUUUACGUUUCCUCAAAUUUUUGAGAAAUUAAAGAAUAUUUUCAAUCAAUUGUGUCUGCAAGUUAGGGAAGUAGAAAUAAAUCAAUGUCAUGUUUUCAUUUUCUUGUGUUAUUACCACCAAAAUCUUUUUAAAUUGAUCUUUAUGUACUUAGUUGAAUGUGAAAAAAAAAAAAAGAAGUCAGAUGUUACGGUAAAAAAUAUUUUUUUAAAUGGCUGCCCAGUCACCCGAAUGCAGCUGAGAUAGACUCCAGCACCCCCCCGUCACCCUGAAAGGGACAAGCGGUAGAAAAUGGACGGGCUGCCCAGUCGCCGGAAUUUUACUACUUUGUCCACUUUGGACUGGACUCUCAUGGUUGUGUUGGAUCCACUAUGGAUUGAACUUUCACAGUAUCAUGUUAGACCCGCUCGACAUCCAUUGCUUUCGGUCCCUUAUGAGGUCCUCUCCAAGGUUUCUCAUAGUCAUCAUUGUCACUGAUGUCCCAAUGUGUGUGAGUUUUCCUUGCCCUUAUGUGGGCUCUACCGAGGAUGUUGUUGUGGUUUGUGCAGCCCUUUGAGACACUUGUGAUUUAGGGCUAUAUAAAUAAUCAUUGAUUGAUACUAUAAAAAUAAGUGAUGUUUUUCUAUUUACAGUAUUGCGCUGUAAAAAACUAACUUUUACGGUAAAAAUUGGUGGAGCGGAGAUACCAGAUUUUUACUGUAAACAUGUAAAUUUUAGUUUUGUACAGAAAACUGCAACUUUCAGUCAACUUUUACCGUUUGUCCAUGAACUGUAAUCACUGGAAGAAAUAACGUAGACUCAUCGGUAAAAACUGGCAGUUCAGUCUGCACCAAAAUUCCAUUGGUGACCUUUUUCAAUUUACAGUAGUAAGUCACUUUAAAUGUCACCCUAAAAUUCUGGGAACUGAGUUGCUGUUUUUUUUUUUUUUUUUUUAUUGCGGUAUCUACAGAUUUAAAAAAAAAAAAUGUUUUUUACGAUAUACACGGACACUUUCAGCGAUUCUUUAGUUCUCAGGUGUGGUUUGUAAACCACGUAGCUUUUUACGUGAAAGAGGUCACAUCCGGUUUGCACUUUAUGUUGCACUUGUGCCUUAUUUACACUACAAAACUUGAACCUACAUGAAGGGACCUGUGUGUUUUUUUACUGAUGUACACAAACUGUCAUUACUUGGGAAACAGUUCAUGUCUUCAAUCGUUUGACGUCUGUCAUGCAACCGCCAUCAGAGCUCGUGUGAUUUAUACUUCCAUGCAAACUACAGCAUGACAUGUAAAUAAGGAGUCAUUUGAGUCCCAUAGAUAGUUUAUUAUUGGCCCUCGAUAUUGAUCAGUAGUGAGCAUUGUCACCAUGACAUGGAUUGUUUGAGCAUUUAUUGACUAACAUGAUGUCAUCUUUAAUUCACAGAAUAUAUCAAUGGUUGGAAUCUUUCUGCAAAAAUUUUUUUUUAAUUAAAUUGAGUGACUGAAAAAAAGUUUAACUCUGAAUGUUUUAACAUCCUUAGCUCCGCCCCUUCAAUGUUUGUUAUCAUUUGAAGAUUUUGUCUCAUUUUCUUAUAGGCAUUAUGUAAUAAAAUCACCAAAAAUCAAA